AACAUUGCUCGCUCUCCUCUCGUCGAAUACCCUUACACUGGUACGUGGUCACAACGAUUGUUUUGACAGUAGCUAGCUUCCUCCUAAUGUUACGAUUCAACUUCGGUCUUUCCCCAGUACUGGAUAGCUGGCUGUUCCUUAUUCAGGCCUGCUGGUACGUGUUCCCCAAAGACAAAUCACCAAUUCAUGCCAUGAUUCACUCAAUACUGACAUUUGGCCUGGGCAGUCUUUGCUUCGUAGAGCCCCUGGACAAACUGGACAGCGGCCGACUCCUUCUGUUGCAACCAAUGACGCUACUCUUCCUCUUCAUGACGGUGAGGGUACUGAGGUCAUACAACGUCACCGGCAAGUAUAUUCAACGCCUGCAAAGUCACAUGCUGCUCGUACGCGUCAUGUGGUUCGUGCUGGUGUACAGCUAUUUCGUGUUGGUCUCCGCAAGCAUAAACACUCUGUGGUGCACACGCCUGAGCCACAGAGGAGAUGUUCUGGUAAUGGAUGGCGUCAUCAAGUGUUACAAUGGCAAACACAUGCUGCACACUAUCCUGGCAGGGCUGAUUAUCCUCCUGGUCUUAAUUCCACCGCCACUAAUCCUCGCCAUUCCGCAGUGCCAACGCAGGGUCCACCUGAAGGGAUUCAUUGACGAGGCCAGUAGUCUCUACAAGGACGAUCGCCGCUGGUGGGCCUCUGUGAACCUACUGAGAAGAGUGGCAGUAGCAAUCAUCAGCGUGAUGAUGACUGGAAGCGAGGAAAGUCGAAUAAUGGCUCUCACCGCAUUUUUCUGGUGUUAUUUCGCAUUUCACACUCAAUGCAGGCCAUUUCGGAGCCACGACCUCGUCGGAGUAUCGGCCAACACAUGGGAGAGCAUGUUUCUUUUCGGCCUUUCGCUUAUUGCAAGCCUCGAAUCCCACGCAUUCAACGAGGACGAAGGCUGGCGUCGUACGAUGCACACCGCGGCAUUGGCCCUACUGGGAGCCAUGAAUGCUCUCCUGCUUGUAGUAUGCGUAGUCAAGCAAUGUUUCUCAAGACAAGGUGGUUAUGGUCUGCUCAAGGACCUGUCGUUUGCAGUAUGGUGGCGCAGAAGGCAGAAUGCCCGGAACAGCGAGCCAGAUGUGGAGCUGACAGAGUCUACACUUGACGUCAUGGCUCGCGGCAUGAGGGAGCCACUAAUGAUAGAGCAAAUCAGGGAUGCGCAUGGCAGAGGAAGUGACCAUUCCUCACAAACAUCUUGCAUCAUCCUCUGACGAUCUACUAAUCCGGGACUUAUGUCAAUACCCGAAUAUGUUGGCAUUCAGCUGUUGUCUCUUUUGUUGACGUUUUUGUUGUUUCAAUUCUUUAUUCUCACGAUGGCACCAUCACCAAUAAGAGUUGUUGUUGUUGUUGUUGUUGUUGUUGUUGUUGAUGUUGUCGUUUUGUUGCUGUCAGUAUUGGCAGCGGCGACGUCAUCGUCUUUGUUGUCGCCGUCGUCUACGUUGUCGCCAUCAUCCUUACCGUCGUCUCCACUUUGGGCACUGUCCUAGGUUUUAUUUGUUUUAUCUACAUAUCGACCUGUGAGUUCACUACUGACCGUUCUCAUACGUGCAAAUGCAAUGCAACCAGCCUUAUUAUUGUAUCCCUUUUUUGACAUAACCUCGUACAUGUAUUUCUCAUCAUAAUCACAAAUUGAACAGGCUCGAUUUCUACUCGCAUGUGUACAAUCAUGUAUUUACUUCCAUAUGUCGCUAGACUAGCUACAUUUCACCUGCUUAUGU